AUGUCGACCAACAUUUAUAUCGACGAGGACGUUGGCAGAGACGAAUCUCCUGCCAACGGUACCGAGGCCGCUCCCUACAAGACCCUCGUUCACGCCUUUUUGGAACACGCUCCCACCACCGAGGGCAUCCAGUACUUCACCCGCAAGUCCCAGACCGAUGCCGCCGGCGAGGAUGUCGACCCCGCUGCCAAAUUGGAGUGGAAGCCCGCUACCAAGUCCGCCUUGAAGAAGGCCACCAACCUGAUGGAUCAGCGCAAGAAGAAGGCUGCCAAGGAGCACGAAUUGGCCAUCCGCGAGAAGGCCGAGGCCGAGAAGCGCCAGAAGGUCCUUGAGGAGGCUAAGAAGGUCGUCAUCAAGGAGGACACUUCUCUCCCCAAGCCUGUCCGCAUUCGCCUGGAUGUCACCGACCCUGCCACUGUCAAGCUCCGCUCUACCGAAUCCGAUGAGCCUGGCACCCGUGUCCGCGUUCUUGGCCGCGUCCACCGCAUGCGCGCCCAGAAGGACUACGUCUUCAUCACUCUGACCGACGGAUACGGAUACCUCCAGUGUAUCCUGACCGGCGACAUGGUUAAGACCUUCGACAUCAUGACCCUCACCCUCGAAACCUCCAUGGCCAUCCACGGUGAGAUGCGCGCUGUGCCCGCUAAGCAGCACGCUCCCAACGACCGUGAGCUGCACGCCGACUUCUUCACCAUCAUCGGCCGCGCCGCUGGUGACAAGGAAGCCAUCACCACUCGCGUGGCGCCGGACGCCGACCCCCAGACUCUGUACGACAACCGUCACCUCGUGCUGCGCGGUGAGACCUCCUCUUCUGUCAUGAAGGUUCGCGCCGCCACUCUGCGCGCCUUCCGCAAGGCCUUUGAGGGCCACCGCAUGCUGGAGGUGACACCUCCCGCCAUGGUGCAGACCCAGGUCGAGGGUGGUAGCACUCUCUUCGGUUUCGACUACUAUGGCGAGAACGCCUACCUAACACAGUCCUCUCAGCUGUACCUGGAGACCUGUCUCCCAUCCCUGGGCGACGUCUUCUGUGUGUGCCCAUCGUUCCGUGCCGAGAAGUCCCUGACCCGCCGUCACCUGUCAGAGUACACCCACAUCGAAGCCGAGCUGGACUUCAUCACCUUCACCGAUCUGCUCGACCACCUCGAGGAAAUGAUCUGCAGCGUCAUUGACCACGUUCUCGCCGAGCCCGAGAUUGCCGGCUACAUCAAGCAGCUCAACCCCGAUUUCAAGCCCCCAUCCCGUCCUUUCCGUCGCAUGAAGUACGACGAUGCCAUCGCCUGGUUGAUCGAGCACGAAAUUCCCAACGAGGAGGGCCAACCCCACAAGUUCGGUGAUGAUAUCGCUGAGGCUGCUGAGCGCCGCAUGACCGACAUCAUCAACCAGCCCAUCUUCCUGACCCACUUCCCCGCCGAGAUCAAGGCCUUCUACAUGAAGAAGGACCCCGAGGACCGCCGCGUCACCGAGAGUGUCGACGUGCUCAUGCCCGGUGUUGGUGAGAUCGUCGGUGGAAGUAUGCGUAUGGACGACUGGGACGAGUUGAUGAACGCCUACAAGCACGAGGGCAUGGACCCCAAGCCCUACUACUGGUACACUGACCAGCGCAAGUACGGUACCUCCCCCCACGGUGGCUACGGUCUCGGUCUGGAGCGUUUCCUCGCCUGGUUGUGUGCUCGCUACACCGUCCGCGAUUGCUCCUUGUACCCUCGCUACACUGGCCGUUGCACGCCUUAA